AUGAGUUCACAAAAUAGACAUGAAAAAAAAGAAUGUGAAUAUGGUUAUGUUUAUGGAGUCUCUGGUCCAGUUGUAACAGCUGAGAAGAUGUCUGGUGCUGCUAUGUAUGAGUUGGUUCGUGUUGGUCAUACUGAGUUGGUUGGAGAAAUUAUUCGCCUCGAAGGAGACUUUGCCACAAUACAAGUUUAUGAAGAAACAUCUGGUGUAACAAUUGGUGAUCCUGUUUUAAGAACAGGACAACCAUUAUCUGUUGAAUUGGGACCUGGUAUUAUGGAGUCUAUUUUUGAUGGUAUACAACGUCCUCUAGAAAGUAUUGCUAAAACUACAAAAUCUAUUUAUAUUCCAAAAGGUGUCCGUACAAAUGCCCUUGAUAGACAAAAAAAAUGGCAUUUUAUACCAUGUAAAAAUAUUGUUAUUGGUUCACAUAUCACUGGUGGAGAUAUUAUUGGAUAUGUUCAAGAGAAUGAAUUAAUUAAACAUAGUAUAAUGAUUCCACCAAAUUCAUUUGGUACUGUUACAUGGGUAACAACUGCCGGUGAGUAUUCUGUUGAUGAAAUAAUAUUGGAGGCAGAGUUUAAUGGAAUUAAAAGUAAAUAUUCAAUGUAUCAGGAUUGGCCUGUUCGUACACCACGUCCAGUUGCUGAGAAACUUGCUGCUGAUUUUCCAUUACUUUGUGGGCAACGUGUAUUAGAUGCUCUUUUUCCAUGUGUUCAAGGUGGUACAACAGCCAUUCCAGGAGCUUUUGGUUGUGGUAAAACUGUUAUAUCACAAUCUUUAUCUAAAUAUUCUAACUCUGAUGCUAUUAUUUAUGUUGGAUGUGGAGAGAGAGGAAAUGAAAUGUCUGAGGUAUUACGUGAUUUUCCAGAAUUAACUAUGGAAGUUAAUGGUGUUACAACUUCUAUUAUGAAACGUACAGCUCUUGUAGCUAAUACAUCUAAUAUGCCUGUAGCUGCACGUGAAGCAUCAAUUUAUACAGGUAUUACUUUAUCUGAAUAUUUCCGUGAUAUGGGAUUAAAUGUUGCUAUGAUGGCUGAUUCUACCUCUCGUUGGGCUGAAGCUCUUCGUGAAAUUUCUGGACGUUUAGGAGAGAUGCCUGCUGAUUCUGGUUAUCCAGCAUAUCUUGCUGCAAGACUUGCAUCAUUCUAUGAACGUGCCGGUAAAGUUAGAUGUCUUGGUAGUCCAGAACGUAGUGGUUCAGUGACAAUUGUUGGUGCUGUAUCACCACCUGGUGGUGACUUUGCUGAUCCAGUUACAUCAGCCACUCUUGGUAUUGUACAAGUUUUUUGGGGAUUAGAUAAAAAAUUAGCUCAAAGAAAACAUUUUCCAUCAAUUAAUUGGCUUAUAUCAUAUAGUAAAUAUAUGCGUGCUCUUGAUGAUUAUUAUGAAAAACAUUUUCCUGAAUUUGUUAGUCUUCGUACCAAAUGUAGGGAAAUCCUUCAGGAGGAAGAAGAUUUAUCUGAAAUUGUACAACUUGUUGGUAAAGCAUCCCUUGCUGAGUCAGAUAAAAUUACCCUUGAGGUGGCAAAACUUAUUAAAGAUGAUUUUUUACAACAAAAUGGAUAUACUCCAUAUGAUAGAUAUUGUCCAUUUUACAAAACUGUUGGAAUGUUAAAAAAUAUAAUUGGAUUUUAUGAUUUGGCACGUCAUUCUGUUGAAUCAACAAUUCAAUUAGACAGUAAAAUAACAUGGAAAGUUAUAGAAGAUCAUAUGAAACCAUUGAUGUAUGAGUUAUCUUCAAUGAAAUUCAAAAAUCCAUCUACUGAUGGUGAAGAAAAAAUAAAAAAAGAUUAUGAAGAUUUAUAUGAUAGAAUGGUUACUGCUUUUAGAAACCUUGAGGAAUAA